AGUGCGUCAGAUCUGCCGUAUUCUCACACCGGUAUACGCAACCAGAUCCGGAGUAGAGUCCGUCCACACUACAGGAGGCGGUGCAUUGGCUGUGUGUGCGCAGCCUUCCUUCUCAAUUUUUUUUCGCAGCCCUUACAAUUCUUUUUACAAGACUGUUUCAGCUGCGAUAAAGAAGUUCGCUUCACGCCCAGACAUGCAUCCAGCAACUGCCAAGUGGUACGACAGGAGGGACUGCGUUUUUAUAGAGUUCUAUGUAGCAGACAGCAAAGAUGUUAAAGUCAGUUUUGAUAAAACAAAGUUUGGUUUCAGCUGUCUGGGAGGAACUGACAGUGUCAAGCAUGAGAAUGAAAUAGAACUUUUUGAAGCUAUCGAGGAGAAUGAAUCCAAACACAAACGCACAGAUCGCUCAGUGUUGUGCUAUCUACGAAAAGCACAGCCGGGUAAAGCGUGGCCAAGGCUAACGAAAGAGAAGGCUAAGCUGAGUUGGCUCAGUGUCGACUUCAACAACUGGAAAGACUGGGAGGAUGACUCAGAUGAGGAGAUGGGCAACUUCGAUCAAUUCUCAGAUAUGAUGAACAACAUGGGAGGUGAAGAUGACCUACCCGAUCUAGAUGGUGCAGAUGAUGAUGAAUCUGCAGAUAGUGAUGACGAGAAAUUGCCAGAUUUGGAGUAGAAGACAGUAAGACUCUGGAAAGGAAAUGGAAGAACAGAGAGAAAGAGGAAUCUUAACAAAUGUAUAUCUUGAAACUGAAGGCAGUGAUAAACAACUGUACAUACGAGUCAGUAGCCAUAUUUAAAUCCAUAGCCUCAGCUCCAAACUCUUGACCAAUCAGUCCACUGAAGGUUGAUAUGCAUGGUAUUGUACAGAGCAGCUAUCUCCACUUCCAUUUACUGUACUGCACCUUUUGGGUAUCUCGUUUUACUGUUAAAUAUUACAACUAAGCACAUCUUAUUUGUUGGAAAAACUGUAUAGUUGUCCUCAACUGAGCAAUACGUGGUAAGAGACAAUUUCUUUCAACUGGAUUGUGGUUUCAAAAUAAUUAGGCCCACUCAUUCCCAAUGUUGUGGUUUUAAGUUAGUCGAACAGUGUAGUUUAUCUCAUGAAUUAAGAAAGUGAUUAGAUGCAUUUACUGAUUGGGUUCCUCUAAAGCCUUCCAUGUGCUGUGAAUUAGAUAUCCAGGAAGCCAGUCUUUGUUUCUGUAGCUUAACCUUCCAGCUUACAUGUUUCCCUUUACUUCUCAUUUAAUGUUUGUAAAAAAUUUGAAAAACUCUGAACUCAUUGCUGAAAUAUUUGCAUCUUCCCAGCGAUCAACUGAUGUACUUUGUUAAUCUGACAUGAAUUCCACUUAUUUCUCUCCUCACACCCACCUAACGUGCACACUCAUGUUAGACUGCGGAAGCAAGGUGACAUGUUUUGCAGCCGAUAAAGAGGCUUGAAGCUCAGUUUGGGCCUCAGCAUCGUGUGGUUUGUUACUCUCCUCCAGGUUCUUUCCGUUUGUUUAUCUAGAGCCUCCCUCGUUGGCGAGGGAGCGUCGGGACGAUACGGCGACGUGUAAUGACCAAAUUAUAUUUGCACUGUCAAUAAAAUGUAAGGGGAGACAAGUAAUAUUCAACUACAGUGGAAAUUCUUUUUUUAUUGUCUACAUCUUUCUAAUAAACUGUUUAAGAAUCA